UUGACGUUGCGCUUAUGACGGAGGAAAUGGCGCCCGUCAGGUGCAGCAGGGCUGUGAGUGGCCAGCCAGUCACGUACCCUCGAAGUUGACACGUAAUCUCUCCAUCUGCCUCUAGCAGCGCCGGGGUCAGCGUGCUCAGAAAUAUGUUUGUAAGUGUAGAAAAAAAGAGUUUGUGUCGAACAGUGGAGACGUAGCAGGAACAGCAGAGUAGCAUUCGGGCGUUUUGCUGAAGGAGCCGAGGAAUGGCUAAAGAGCAGAGGCAAAGCGCGGCGGAAACCUUUGUGCUGGCGGGAUCUAACGGACACAAUGGCCAGCAGUGGCACGGUGGCGUGAGUAACUCCGCGCAGCACCACCAUUCCUCCGCCGACCUGAUGUCCGGGAUGAGCCGGGUGGCCUGGGACGUCCGGCACAAGUGCGCGGCCUACGUGCUGGCCCUGAGGCCGUGGAGCUUCAGCGCCUCGCUGACGCCCGUGGCUCUGGGCAGCGCCCUGGCAUACAAGCUGGAGGGCUCGGUGGACCUGGUGGUCCUGCUGGUGUGCGCGGUGGCCGUCCUGGUCGUCCACGGGGCGGGGAACCUCGUCAACACCUACUACGACUUCUCCAAAGGGAUCGAUCACAAGAAGAGCGACGACAGGACUCUGGUGGACGAAAUUUUGGCGCCGCAGGACGUGGUCAUGUUUGGCGCGCUGCUCUAUUCUCUGGGGUGCUUGUGUGCCACCCUGCUGUACUUCCUGUCCACGCUUCGGCUGGAGCACCUGGCCCUCAUUUACUUCGGGGGACUCUCCAGCUCUUUUUUAUACACAGGAGGCAUCGGCUUCAAGUACGUGGCCCUGGGCGACGUGGUGAUCCUCAUCACCUUCGGCCCGCUGGCCGUCAUGUUCGCCCACGCCGUGCAGGUGGGCUACCUGUCGGUGCUGCCGCUGGUCUACGCCGUCCCGCUGGCCCUCAACACGGAGGCCAUCCUGCACAGCAACAACACGCGAGACAUGGACUCGGACAGGCAGGCGGGCAUCGUCACCCUGGCCAUCCUCAUAGGCCCCACGCUCUCCUACGUGCUCUACAACCUGCUGCUCUUCGCCCCCUACGUGCUCUUCUGCAUCCUGGCCACGCGCUACACCAUCAGCAUGGCGCUGCCGCUGCUCACGCUGCCCAUGGCCUUCCCCCUGGAAAAGCAGUUCAGGAGCCGCCGCUACGCCAAGAUCCCGCAGAAAACGGCCAAGCUCAACCUCCUGAUGGGACUCUUCUACGUGUUCGGGAUCAUCCUGGCGCCCCCCAGCAGCCUGCCAUUACUGUGAUUGACUAGAUUUGAUACUGUCAGAUUUUCUUUUAAUACAGACUAGUUUAUGUACUUCUUUGUAUUUGUACAAAGCUGUCGAAAGGCUCCUGUUGGCUUUAAUUUAUUUAAUUUAUAAGCUAAACAUAAAUAGCGUAGACGCCCCUCUCUGGCAAAAGAAGAGGGGUCUCUUUGCAGUAUUAAGCCUUCUACAAUGUGUUGGUAAACGGAGUGUCAGUGUCAUUUUAAAGGGGGCAACGCUUUCUUCAUUUAAAGACAUUACCCUGCAGUUGCCAUAUUUGUAGUUCUUCAAGACAUUACAUAACACUGACUCCUAAAAGCGUCAAUAAACCAUUAUUCUUCAAGCUGGGCUUUCUUUUUGUCUACAUAAAGUUAAUUUGGUCCUUGUGUUUUUAAUUUUAAGAGCCAAAUAGUAUUUUAUCUGAGUGUAAUAAAACUCUCCAAAGCAGGGCGAAGGUUACAUAAGUUCAAAGUCACACUUAAAAGGGAUGUUAAAGUCUUUACAUUUAUGAAAAUGCAAAGGUGUCAAAUGUGAGAGGGUUUUAAUGUAUUAGUUGGAAAUGUGACAUCGUUUUAAACUGGGGAGUAAAAGACCUUUGUUCAGAGUUCUGCUGUGGGCGAUGACUAAACAUUUCCUUUCAGAUGGUUUGUAGAAGGCUUGUUUUGUCUCAUCUAUGUACAAUUAACACACAGGAAUAAUAUUUUCUCUCUGCUGACCUUUUCUAUGUCCUUGUCGAGCUGAAUUUCUUCUCAGAUAAAAAUAAUCUCAGUGGUUCAGAGACAAAAAUAAAUACAGCAGAUUGAACAGCGGAGGCCGAGCCAGUCUUUCUUUCUGUUUCAUUUGCUUCAAUCUUCCAAGUGGCUUUUAGCAAUAAUUGGUUGCUUCUUUUGAUGUUGUUUCCUUUCUGUCCAAUCAUUGCAUUUGAACAUUUUAAUAGGUUUUUCCUAUUAAUUUAAUCUUUAAAAAAAGAAAAGAAAAGCUUAAAACACAAAACAUUUUAGGAUAAAAAGUGUGUUUGCAUGUAACACACGUGUCUGGUUAUCAACAACCUGUUGCAAAGACAUUAUGUGUCUAAAUUUCUUUGUAUCUAUAUUCUCUGUAUCUUUGUGGCACAUCUCAGAGGGAAAGAGAGGAAAAUGUAUUAAGUGGAGACCAGAAGAAAAGUGUCUGAAGACUAAAAAGAGGAUCUUUAGGACACAAGUCAGCGCUGCAGUAGGAACCUGAUCAGGAAGGGUCUCCACGAAAAGGUUCCUGUCAAGAAGCCAUUUUUAAGGAGGUGAAACAGGAAAAAAAAAAAUUAUGCUGAGUAAAAAAAGACCAAGAGUAAGUCUGUGGCAGCAGGUCUGAUGGAGGAACAAAUUCUCUAGUUUUGCUGCCAGUAUUCCAAAAGAAAAUUACUUUUAUUUAAUUUUAUAAAGAAGUUUGUUGAAAAUUGUAUUGAAAAUCACUUCAAUAAAAUGCUGUAAAC